AUUUAGAUAUUGCGCAAGCCAAAGGAUUAGAACUUGCAUUAUAUGAAUUAAACCUAUCUAAAAAUUGGAAAACACAUUUAAUGUAUAUUUUUAAGUCUUGUGUUAAAAAAUUACGUCAAGAAACUAAUUCUCAAAUGAAAUAUGAAGUAAUGGCUGAAUUGGAAACUAUUGUGAAUGUAAUAAAUUCAGAUUCAGAUAAUGAAAUCAGUAAAGAAAAUAAAGUUAUAACUCAAACUACUGGUAAUAAAGAAAAUGAUCCUUUGUUAAGUAUUGAACUUGAAGAAAGAAAAAUAGCUUUGCUAGAAUGUCAAGUAAAGGCAAGAAAAGAAGCAGCUGAAGCUGAAGCAAUUGAGUUGCAGAAUUGA